AUGACAUCACAAAACUUAUCCUCACCAUACUCUCGAAGAGGUCAUCAUUCAAUGGCCGGAAAGACUGUAAUGUCAAGCCUUGGCGGAGGCAAGGGCAAGACCGGUCCAGGUGGUAGGGGAAUCGGAGGUGGUUCUCGUCUGAGAAGACAUCGAAAGGUUUUUAAAGAUAACAUAAAUGGUAUUACCAAAGGUGAUAUUCGACGUCUAGCACGCAGAGGUGGUGUCAAACGUAUCUCAUCGAUGAUCUAUGGCGAUGUCCGUGAGGCGAUCAAAUCACGUUUGAAUGAGAUUUUGAAGGAUUGCGUCGCAAUAGUUGAACACUCUAAGAGAAAGACGGUCACUGUCAACGAUGUCAUUUGGGCAUUGCGUCGACAAGGGAGACCUAUUUAUGGUUUUGACAACAUCGACAAGUGA